UCAGCUCUUCAUGUUAAACAUGUAAGCAGGAAAGAAACACCCAAAACUCAUCUGAACACACACCGAGAGCUUCAGAAGAACUGAAUCUACUAACAACAGAGAAGAUCAUUUAAUAAGAGAAGAAUGAAGAUCAUCUGGACUUUCACUCUGAUGAUGAUUCCUGGUGUCGUGAGCUCCAUGAGUGUGACAGGAUAUUCAGGAGGAGGAGUCAACAUCACAUGCGAAUAUGAUAAAAAAUAUAAAGAGAAUACAAAGUAUUUUUGUAAAGGAGAUUGGCUGAGCUGCAUAGACAGAAUCAGGACUGAUAUUAAAGAUAAAUGGUUUGAUGAUGGAAGAUUCUCUCUGUAUGACGACACAAGAUCAGCAGUCUUCACUGUGACCAUCAGAAAUCUGACAGAAGAGGAUUCUGGGACGUACCACUGUGGAGUUGAUAUACCUACAGGAAUAGAUUCCUCCACUGAAGUGAAGCUGAAGAUUUCAACAGGUCAACAAACCAGGACUGUGAGAGGAUAUUCAGGAGGAAACAUCAUUAUAAACUACAAAUAUGAGCUGAUACACACAAAUCAUGUGAUAGACGUCUGUAAAACAUCAUCAGAUCAGUGUUUUACUGUAAUAAACACCAACAGAAGCACAGAAUGGAAACGUGACAGACGAUUCUCCGCUCAUGAUGACACAUCUGCAGGACUCUUACGUCUGUUUAUCAGAGAUCUGAACGAGAACGACUCUGGAGAAUAUAAGAUUAUAGUCAAAGUUUCUGAAGACUACAGUUUCUUCUCUGAGUUUGAUCUGGACAUUAAGACGGAUGAUUGUUGUGUGAAGAGCAUCAGUCUAUCAGCUUCUGCUGGAGGAUCUGUGAACAUCAACUGCAAAUACCCACAAUCCCACAGUGGUGAUGUGAAGUUUGUGUGCUGGAGAUCUGGAGCUGAUCUCUGUGCUAAAGAGACGCCUGUGAAUGAGAGCAGAAGAUGGAGGGAUGAGGGAAAGAUCCAGCUGUAUGAUGACAGAGAACAGCAGCUCCUGACGGGAAGCAUCAGUCAUGUGACUGAAGAAAAUUCAGAAUACUGGUGUGGAGUUCAGACUGAUCAAGGACACAAGAUCUUCAUCACACGAGUCCUGGUCAGCGUUACAGAUACGGUUGGUCCUGCUGCUGGUUGGCCAGUCUGGAUGGGGAUCACUGUGGCAUGUGUAACAUUCAUCAUCAUCAUAAUCAUCAUCAUCGUGCUGUAUAAAAUUCAGAAGAAAAGGAUAAACUGUAGAUCUGCAAUAGACGAGUAUGAGAACUAUCCUAGAACUGAUCCUAGAACUGAUCCCAGAACUGAUCCCAGAACUGAUCCCAGAACUGAUCCCAGAACUGAUCCCAGAACUGAUCCUAGAACUGAUCCCAGAACUGAUCCCAGAACUGAUCCCAGAACUGAUCCCAGAACUGAUCCCAGUGAAGACACAUAUACAUCUCUUGAUCUCAACACCAGAUCAUCUGACCUGUACGACACACUCACAACUGUCCAUCCCAGACCUGCUGUUCACCAGUAGGGUUUUUCUGGAUAUGAGAAUCUGUCAAUUUCUCAAGUCUUCUCAAUUU